GUUAACAAUUCGCUCAACGAGUCAACACCAAAUUAUUUUCUAGUUUUCGGAUUUUUAAUUUUUAAUUUUUAAUUGUUGUGUGUUAUUUUUGGUGCUGUUUAAUAUGAGUGGAAAGGGAUCCAUUCAAAUGGGUGCUGUAAGCCGCAAGGCGUUUCGGGAGUUUGUGCAUGCAUAUCGUAGAAAGCACAUGGGCCUAACCUCGAUAGAAGCCGUGACCUGUGCCACCAAGGCAUGGGGCAAGCUAACGAGCCAACAAAAGUGCAAAUUCGAGCCUGCCGCUGUAAAGAUACGACCAAAGUUUCUGGUGCAGCAAAGCGAAGCAGCUGCCACCCGGCGACGCAGGGCUGCCGAGAAGAAGAAACAGCGUUCGAGUCGGAAGAGUCCGAAUUUUUCUAUCCUAGAUCGCGUCAAGAAGCUAUUCACGGGCACAGCUGCACACAGCAAAAAGGGCAAGUGUAACCUGAGCACGAAGAGAAAGCGCAAUUGCAAGUAGAGAAGCAGAUCCCAGCGCCGGGACAACACAUCUAAAUAUCUGUUAAAGCAACUUCAACACAAAAACAAUUACAAAUCCCCCAUUUCGGCCAAGCAAAAUA